GCGGGGGGAGGCGGCCCCAGCGCCGCCCGCGCGAGGGGGGCAGCCGCCCCAGACAGGUGAUGGGCGUUUCGGCUGCGCUCCGGAUCGACUCCUUGGGUUUCACUUUGGUCUGAUCUAAGCAAAUAUGCAGAAGUACCGGCUGGUCUAGUCCUAAGAGCCAAGAGGAGCGAGCGAGAGCGGCAGAAGGGAGAGCAGCCACGCUCCCGUAGCGAGGGGAACGUACAAACAGCGGCCGCGCCGUCAUUAAGCCACCGCCGCCCCGGGCAGCCCCGACCCACCCUGGAUGCGGAGGACCCCCGAGCCACCCCGCUGCCUUUCCCCUGAGGGAUGGUACUGAAUUCCUGCGCGGCAGGAGCCGGCCUGCAGCCCCUCUCCAUCAGCGUUGCCUUCCCUCCGUGUCUAAAGUGCACUAGACCGCGAUGAGGACCUGGGCUUGCGUUUUGCUGAUAGGUUUUGGCUACCUGUCCUUUACCUUCUCCGAGGAGGCCGAGAUCCCGCAGGAGCUCAUCGAGCGGCUGGCGCACAGCGAGAUCCACAGCAUCCGCGACUUGCAGCGCCUCCUGGAGAUUGACUCCGUAGGAUAUGAUGAUGUUUCAGAAACAAACUUGAGAUCUUACAGUGUUCAUUCUGCUAAACAUGUACAAGAGAACCGUCCUGUGCCCAUUCGCAGAAAAAGAAGCAUUGAGGAGGCCAUCCCGGCGGUGUGCAAGACACGGACGGUGAUCUACGAGAUACCUCGGAGCCAGAUCGACCCCACCUCGGCCAACUUCCUGAUAUGGCCGCCCUGCGUGGAGGUGAAGCGCUGCACCGGCUGCUGCAACACCAGCAGCGUCAAGUGCCAGCCCUCCCGGAUACACCACAGGAGUGUCAAGGUGGCAAAAGUGGAGUAUGUUAGAAAAAAGCCAAAAUUAAAAGAAGUUCUGGUGAGAUUAGAAGAGCAUAUGGAAUGCACCUGUACAUCAUCAAAUACUAAUUCAGAUUAUAGAGAAGAAGAAACUGGCGAGACCGAGGCAUGGAGAAAAGCCUGUGCAAGGUCAUACAGCAAGGCUGUGGCAGAACCAGGGAGAGGACUCAGAUCUGAGUGCUCAUCCAGUGCCCCAAAUCACACGACCAUCUUCCCUUUCCAAGAAUGAAUCCUUGCACCCUUAGAGCUAAAUACUGAAAAGAUUGAGGGGUUCCUUCUUCCCAUAGAGAGGAAUCGAAUCUGUAUGUCUGACUUUCUAGAAGGCCAUCAAAUCUGACUUGGUUUGAGUUUUGAGCAACUCAAGAACUUCUGUUUGGACUGACACUCAUGCAUGCGGGAUGUCUCCUGAGUUCUUAGAUAAAACACACAAAGAAAGGCUCACUUGAGUGCCUCAACAGAAAAGAAGUUCACAUGUGAAGGCUGGAGUAGUCCCUCAACCCAGGAAAUAAGGAGCCAAGUUUGUAACAAGUGUUACACACUCAUCUUAAGAUCAGACCUGGUGUUUUGGCCCCUAUGUGCUAUCUUUGAUCUUGCACAAUGAAGGCAACUGGGCUUACUGUCCAGCUUUGAAAUUCAGAGUAUUUGUUAAAUCAGGUGUGCAAAAAAGCAGAAGUGCACAGAGAUGCAGUUGAGCCCAUAGUGCUUGAAAUCCCCAUGGAUUUUGAAAACAUCUUCAUUCUUGAAAGCAAUCACAAAUAAGUAGGAGAAAAACAUUUUAAACACUUCUGAAAAUCCCACCCUGGUUUCUUUGGCAUAUGUAAAAAGGAUCCAGAAGAGAUACUACUUAUAAAGAUCACUCAGUGAGAAAGUAUAUGUUCAUAGAGAAUGCUCAUGCUUAAAUCUUUCAGCAGUUAACUAUCAUCUUUGCAGACCAUAAUUCUGGAAUACUUCACUUAUCAAUGCAUCAGGGCUUGGAUGAACUUUGAGACGCAUGAAAACAAGACACUCCUUAGGCCUGUGGUAGCUCUGUUUUCUGGUAACUGAUCAACCAAUUACAUAAUUGGUCAGGUCUCUACCUUGCAUGAACAGAUACAACUGCAUUGACUUCUUUGGAGGUGACAGUUACCUGAGAACUGACCCGAAACUCUUGCCAUGAAGCAGAUAAUGGUUUCAUAUUUUGCUGUUCAGUGUUGUUGUAAAAAUAGGCUCAUUUCCUGGAGCACUUAGAACAAGAAAAUAGGGAAAAGCAAUUUCCCACAGAGACUCAUCCGCGCUGGAAUUCACCGAGGACCCCGGAUGUGAACAUGUGCUGAUAGAAAACAUAAAACAGCAACUUUGUUUAGGGAAGCCUCUGACCUGACAAAAAUGCAGAGCAUUUCUUACCAGACUUUUCCUUGGCAAUUAGUGGGUAGAAUUACUCAUAGAAAUUGUUUUGUAUGCUCACAAGGGGAGAAGUAAGGCAUAAAUUCAAGAUAGCCCCUCUCUGACCACAAGAAAGACUCUGUUCACAGAGGGCCUAUGGGUGAAAUGCUGGGUGGCCUCAGCUCCCUUUGGGGAUGAGCUCAAACUUUUAGAGCCCAGUGAAGUAUGAAGAUGACUUACUGGACAUCCCUAGCUGGAAUUUUUUCAGCAGUCUAAGGGAUUUGAACAUCCACUUUUAAUUCAUUUUUACGUGACUUUCAACAAACUUCAACAAACUUGGCUUCAGAAGGUCUCUGCCUUUGUUCUGAAGAGAGACUAAUUUUGACCCAAGGAUGUCGCUGUGACUUCUGCCUUCCAUCUCUAGCCAGCAGCACUAAAACCUUGGCUUUUAGACAUUUCAGAUGGGAAGUUCCCUUCACUCCAGCCAUGCUUCACCUUCCCUUAGCACUUUGGCUUUUCACGCUUUUUCUGUAUAAAGGUGAUGCUGGUUUAAUCUGAAGACCAGGGAAGUUUCAAGAGGCCAGAUUUCACCUCUGGGGCCUGCUCAGCUGCUUUUGGAGUCUGCGUGGAGCCAGAGGAGGAGGGAGGGAUGCUCCAGCACUUCCAGUGUGGGUGAGGGCUGAGGGCUCUGUGCUUACACACUUGGAAGUGAGGACGUUUCUCGGCCCAAACUCACCCACUGGAAAGUAUUCUGCUCAGAGGUCUUCUUGGAGCCAGGAAACUUCUCAAAAACCUGCCCGAGAUCUGAAUUCCCCUUGACUCCAGGGGGUUUCCACAGCAAAUAUGACAGAAGCAAUUUAUCCCAGAUAGAGUGGUUUCUUCAACAGGCCGCAUGGGAGCCAGGCAGGUUAAUUCUCUGCUUGUGUACAGCCCCAAAUACUGCUUUUACAUCAAAGUUUAACAGUUCUGGGAUAUGUUUCUUCUAGAGGUGCUUCAGAAGAGCUUGCCUAACAGCUUUCAUCCAUUUGUUGUGAAGAGCCUGCUGGCCCAUCCGGGAUGUUUGGGCUGCCUACGUAGCUAACGGGUUUUGGGACCUUGCAGCUGGGGUUAGGGAGUGCAAAUGUUUCCCUUUAGCUCCCUACACACCCUAAGUUGUGAUUCAUCAAGGGAGACAGUGUAAAGCUGAACUUGAGGUGUGUGAGAUGUUUCUUUGAAGUUACGUGUGCUUAAAGGCGUGAUCUGAGUUGACUCGCUGAGCUGAGGCCCUGAAGAGCCAGUGGAUGCUAACACAGUGCAAUUUAGUUUUCUCCUCUUAAGCAUUGUCCAGAGGGAUGGGAGUUUCAGAAGGGUCUGAAACCUUUCAAUGAACCAUUCCUUAGGGAUGAGGGAAAGCUUUACUAUUCAGUGGUUUUCUACCAGCAAGCUCAGCUACACUGGAGAACCCAGAGCUAAGCUUGCCCUCUCUGGGUCUUCCCCUUCCUUAGUUUCUCCAGCAUGUUUCUUUCAAAAGGCAAGUGGGGAAAAAGAAAAGAAUCUUAAAAUGGUACCUUAAAAAGGUGGGAAAUGAAGCAGAUCAUAUCAUCUUGAUUCCUUUAUCUCACUUAAUUAAGGAGAGGUUUGCCAAUAGUGAUCUGGUAUUUCCUAAAACAAGCAUAUAUGAAGAACACUUUGAGGAACUUCAAAAGAAUUUUCAGGCUAGAUCAGGAAAAGAUAAAAACAGAAGUGGAAACUUCUAAUACACUUUAUAUUUCAGUACUUACAGGAAGUACAUUGUUGCAUAGAAUACUAAUGAAUUCUGCAUGAGGAGGUUUCCAAAAGAAAAAUGGAAUGGCACCUUCUCUGUCUUAGAGAAAAAGUCUGAGGGCUUUUGCAAUUAUGACAGAUAUACAGUGGAAAUGUAUGGUCAUAUCACCUGGAGAGAGUCUAUCUCUAGCAAAAGCCCAUUUGGAGUUUCAAGUGUGUACACUAUUGAACUUCUGUAGCAACUUCCUGGUCUAGCUGUGAAAAGUGAUAAAGGAAAUGGUAAAAGCCUAUCUUGCUUUCAGUUGGCCUGUUCUACACCCCAGAGGGCAGAAAUGCUGCCCUGUGUGUAGUUGGCUGCAGGAAGCAUGGCAGGAACACACUGGAGUGGCUAAGGAUGAACACAUAAAAUUGAUGCUGAUGUUCCCAACCAGGUAGUGAGGCCAGCAAAGUGAAAACAGCAACAUGGAUACCCCGAUACACCACUGACACUUGUCUGGAAAAAUUAUUAUUUGACAGAGUCUUAAUUAACUCAAGUGAAUAAGUAAUUCUAAAAUCCUGAUUUUGGAAUCCCAGAGAGUUAAUGCUCUCAGAAACUAUGUGAUACAGGAUUGGUUCACAUUGUAAAGCGCACAGAAAUCCCAGGUAACAGUUUUGUACUGUUUGAAGAAUUCUCUGGUGUCAGCACAGCCCUCUGUGGUGCCUUGAGAGUAGAGGGUUUGUGCCCCAGGCUUGGCUCAAGGGUUCAAGCCUGGGUAUGAACAUAUUUUAGUCAUCAAGGCAUUUUCAUCAGGACUAUAGCGCACAUUUUUUUCUAGUGUACAGGCAAGAUAUUUAAAUGUGGUUUAGUUGCUCUUUGUAUCCUCAGGGCCCCAGAUCCUUCUAAGCCUGUGGUCACUGGAAGGCUGUCUGACUGUAAAUCCAGAGGCCUUUGCCCUUGUUAAAGUUUCUACUCUUGCUAGGAAGUGAGAUUUGGACGCCUGAGUUACAAAGAUGCUUUUGCAAUUGUUAUAUCUGUCUUUCUGCUUCGUUAUAAGUCAACCUGCUUGGCCUGAACUGAAUGUUUAAAUAAUAAACAGCUAAAAGACAGUCUGAUGGCUUCUUUCUGAGUGUUUCCCUUAGGGAGCCCUUGGGAUCACAUGGCAUCUGCCCUGACCUUAAGGACCUGCUUUCUGGAGGCUUUUUUACAAUGCUAACAAACUUCACAUUUUAACUAGCUGUUAAAUAAGCCAGUCAGUGGUAACUAUUCAGGACAGGGAUUAGGAGAGUAUUCUUGCUGGCAUACAAGAUGGCUCUGUCCAUGUGCUGGCCAGGGAUGAAGGGCUGGAAAACUGUGUGGUGGAAGAGACUAUUAAUGUGAUUUUCCACAACUUUCUUUGCAGCUGCAAUUUUGAGAGGAGAGAGAGAGAUGGCUAGGCUUGCAGUAACAUGUUGUGCCGUCAUAAAUGCUACAGCCACCAUCUGUUUCCAGCCCACGACUUGAAAGAAAACUGAGCAGUAAUCUCAUAAUUCACAUGAGCGUUUUACACUUGUGAACCCUUCCCAACCUUUGUCUAAUAAUGAGGGGAGUGCAUGGUGCUAAGUUUUGUAUUUUUCCUGUGCGUAUCAGUGUUUAUUUGUAUGUCUUUUCCUGUUUAGUUGUUUUGUGGGGGGUUUUUUUCCACCAAAAAAAAAAAAAAAUCAUCACUGGGAGGAAAAUCAGAUCAGUUCCAAGGUCAAAAGAAAUAUAAUAAAGGCAAAAUCCCAAUUCCAUUGAUCCUGCUGGCAAAAUUCUCCAGGAGGAGGUGCCUUUAACAUUCCUCAGUGUAUCUGUCUUAGUUACUUGUUGAUUAAAUGAAAGAGACAUUAGAAAGUGAAGAGGCAGGUUGCUGAACCGCCCUUUCUCUGCAGAAACAGAGCUGCUACACGAGCUGGACAUGCGCAUUUUAAACCAUCAGAGAGGAUGGUAAUGGUAGGUUGGAUUUUAAUGAAAACAGAUUCUUCUGCUAAUCUUCGCUUGGGGCUGGCCCUCAGCAGGAUUAAGGAUCCCACCUGCUGUGCCAAAGACAUGCUCAGGUUUGGGGCUGCUGGUGGGUGGGAAGAACACAAACAUCUGAGAGUGACUCUGGUGAGCGAUCCCAGUCUGUCCUGGUGCAGUGCCCUCAGGGAAGCCAAGGAGUUGAGAUCAUUUAGUUGAUGGAAAUACUGCUCCCCUCCAGCCUGCAAAGCACGGCUGAGCAUCAUUAAGGAUUUCUUUCUGGCUGCUCUUCGAAACCAAGGGCUGCUAUGUCUCCAGGCCUCCUCUCACCUUUGGACCCAAUUUGCACACAGCCUCCUACCACAGCUGAAUGAACUCCUGCUCUCCUCUGGCCUUAGGAACAAUGGCUUUCAUCAUCCCCACCAGACUGCAGAGCAGUUUAAGGAUGAAAGGGCUUCUCAUUUCAUAUAACCCACUGCUGCUAGAGCUAUAAAUCAUCGAUGGACUGAAUUUAUAGCCAACUGCUACUGCAAGCAAGUGAAAUUUAUUUUGUGUUGUCAUAUGUAUGGUCAAACUGUCCAAGAAGUUGCCAAACUAAGAACUGAGCUGCUGCUGAGCAACCAUUCAAUCUAUACUCAUUUUAUUUAAAAAUAAUAAAUAACUGUCAAUCAGAGGAACUUAUUUUGACAUGUGCUACCUGCUGGGUCAUCCGCAGUAUCUCCAGGAUGUGUCUCUAAGCGGAAGAUAGCUGCUAGCUGUUGCCAGGUCCAGUAGAUACAACAUGAAAUUCCACCAAAGAAAGGUUUGUGGGCUCACUAGGGUUGGGGACAUGUUGUGGGUCACCUCCUUUUUUGGCAUUACUUGCUCUUCUGAGAGUGUUUGGUUACGUAGCCCAGGGGUGGCAGUGACUCCUGUUUGAAUCAGUGACAAAUCUAAAUUGACCUGUACAGAGCAGGGGCCCUUCUCCUGUCUCACAGUUUGCUGACAGGUGGAUUGUUGGUGGGUCUCUGGGGGUCUGGGAAGCUGGCCUGUGCCUAUUUUGGUGCCUUGUGAUGGCGAUGAGCUAAAAAUGAGAGUAAAAACUCUUUGAGCUGCUGGGGUCUGAAUCACAUAUUUCUGUACGAUUUACUUAGAGAGCCAACAAGCCUGACAGGUUAUUUUUGUAUUUUGCCCAGGCUCAUUAAUUAGCUGGGGGUGUUGGGAGCUGUCAUAUUGAGCAGCCUUUCCCUGCUCACUCCUGUUGUCCUGCUCGAUUCAAUCUUUGCAGCCUCCCACCCCCUUGUCUGCAGUUUAUGGCCACAUCUGGAGUGUCUCCCUGCACAUGGGCUGGUAUGGGCCCUGCUGGCACACACGUCAUGGCUUUUGGGGUCUGUGGAGUUACAGUCAUCCCUCCCAACACUUGUUUUUCCAUGAGAGGGAAAGAGAGAAGGGGUACGGGAAGGGCAGUGGCAGGGAAGACCUCUGACACCAAAUUCCCAGGAACAGGAUUUGCACAUUUUAUGACCGUUCAGAUGGAAAUGCAAUGGAGCUGAAUUAUUCCCCUUAAUCCUGCUUUCUCACUUUGCUCCCAGCAGCCUCUUCCCCUGCAGUUUAGGUAAUACAGAAGCUUAUAAACAAAUCCCACCGCUUGAAAAAAUAGCAAAGGGGGGACAAAAAAGGGACCUGGGUUAGGUCUGUGAUGGAUAGACAGGUGGAAGGCAGGCACCAGAAGGGAGGAUGAAUGGUAAAAGCCUUUGAUGGAAACACUAAAGAGCUAUUGAAAAUCCAAGGGGUGGGGGGAGGGAGGAGAAAGAAUAGCAGGAGGAGGGAAAGCAAGGGAGUCGUGCCCCCGUCCCCCCGCCCUCUUUCUCAGGAUGUUGAAAGUAUUUGUCCUUCGUUACAAAAUGAUUGAACUGCCGCCAGGCCAGGCCACCCUUCCAGCCAUUGCACUGGGAAACUGGCGCUUCUGAAAGCCUCGUCGCCUCUCAAAUUUUAUAGCUUUCCCUUUUUGUGGGAGUUUUUGUGUUGUGCUAUUUGCAGGAUUGUUUUCAGAUUUGCUGCGUAUCAAAGAAACUAUGUUUUGUUUUUCUUGCUCUGACAAACACAGAAUCCAGGUAAUGAAAAAUUAAAAAAUAAAGGCACAUUUUUAUCAGAAAA